AAAGAACUGAGCAUGACAACUUCCUUCCCAGUCGCAACCAGAGCAUGGGAUGAGGCAAGACCGUAUCUCAUGAAUCGCCGCGCCAGUGAGCUGGACGAGUCGCUGACGUGGCUGCGGGGCUGCGAGGGCUCGCCCACGAGGGACAGCCUGUGCUCCACCGAGGAGUCGGGCGACGAGUCGAGGCUGCUGCCCGACUCCUUUGACGCCGACAUCUUGCACGUGAUGGGGUUCGGUCACGCCGAGGGCGCCGUGGGCGCGCCCGAUGCCUCGGGGACGAGGGCGACAGACACUCACGGCAACCACGUGCGCUAUCUCAUCAGCAACGACGAGGAGUACUUGGCGUCCCUCGACCAGACGCUCCGCGACUACCGGGAAAUGUACAAGAAGACGCCGCCCCACAUCAGGCAGCACUUCGACCUUGUCUUCAAACAAGUGGGACUCAUAAACGCCUUUCAGCUUCUCCUCCACGACGCUAUAAAGGAAGCUUCGAGAAACCUAACUCUGCUGGCCGAAGUGUUCAGAAACGUUCAGUUCGAAGUUUACAGAGGAUACAUGAUAAUGACGCCGACGGUACAAAAAGAACUGUACCGCUAUUCGUCUCAUUUUGACGAACACUUUCCAAAUUUGAAGAGAAAUAUCCUCAAGCCGUCCAUGCGACUCAAUUUCUACGCCAUGGCGCUUGACGGUCUCAAGAAGCACGGUACCGAAGACGAGAAAAUGGAACUUCAGCGUUCCAUUGACUUCCUGAACCAACUCAAGCGCCAAGCCAACACCGAGAUCACUCUGGCCACCGUCGUCAAUAGCCCCGUCGACCUGCGGCUGGGCGGCGACAUGCUCUUCAUCGGCGAGCUCUCCUGUCUGAGCGGAGGAACUCUCCAGAAGAAGAAAUACAGCAUGAUACUCUUCGAAAACAUGUUAGUCAUCGUGUCAUCCAAGAUGUCCUAUUUCAAGUAUAAGAUUCACUACAGAUCAGAACAGCUUUAUGACGUCGAGCCUUAUGGCCCUAAUGAUUUCCUUCUGUCUGUUCUGUCCGAGGGACAGUUGCAGGUAAUACCACUGAAGUUUAAGGCAAAGAGCACAGCCUUGCGGGAUCAAUGGGUCGCCGAACUGCAAAAGACCAUUUCAAAAAAUAACCCGUCUCCAUACGAGAGCCCGCACUCGCAGAUCAUCUCAGGUAAUACAUUUGGCCUCCUCAUGCCGUUGAGCCUCUUCUCAGUGUAUCCUCAGCUCAGAAUAACGCUAGAGGAUACCCGAGCACCUGAAGAGACCAAGCCCAUCGAGGAGGUCUGCCAGAAAUUGAUCCGCACGGAAAAGUCGUUCAUUAAGAAUCUAUCGACGCUGUUGCACCCGGAGGUCCUCCCGCCGCCCGAGAGCCUGCAUGUCCUCCUUGGAAAAUUCCUUAGUGUCUAUAGUACAAGCAUCCUCCCGGAGCUUGAACAGGCUCUAGCAACCAGCGCUUAUGAAUUGAUGUCAUGUCUCAUGCGGAAAUUGGACAACAUGGAGAUCUAUUCAGAUUAUCUCCUUAUAAGAAGUCAGCUCACACUUAGGCUCGAAAGGGAUGUUCGGGCAAAGCUGUACAUCUCUCCCGUGCAGCAUCUGGAGUGCUACAUCCUCUGGCUGCGUGAGGUCGCCCUCAACGAUAAGUACCGCGACAUCGCCCAGAGGAUUGAGAGGAGGCUGUAUGACUACAUAAUGAACGCGCAAAUCCGAUUGCUGACGGAGGCCAUCAGGAACGGCCGCGUGGAUUUCCGCAGGAGUGGCAACCUGAUCCGCAACGACGCCGUGGACGUGAAGACGCGCAAGAAGGGCGUCCCUUACGGCACAUACCAGGCGCUGUUGUUCCAAAAGGUGGUUAUCAUCACCAAGGCUAAGCCGCCCUUCUACGACUACAUCUGGGACAUUUGGCUCGACCAGGUCAACCUCGGGCCGCCUUGCAGCGACGCCGCCAGUUUCAAGCUCGAGGUGCGUCAAGGCGGCGGCAGGGAGCCCAUUACGUACGAGUUCCAUGCCGCGAGCGAGGAGGUUAAGCAGGAGUGGAUUCGGUGCCUUCAGCAUGAGCUCGUCCUUCAGGCUGAGAAGAUUCGGCGUCGCUCAGCGUCGCAUUUCUGAGGGAGACGAGCAGGCAGUGGGCUCAGGAGGCAGGCAAGCAGAGUGUGGGUUCCGAGAAAGGGAUGCUCACGCACAUAUAUUAAGGGGCUCCGAUGGACGACCAUAGCACAGUGUUCUCCGAUUCAUUUGCAGUGUAGAUAAAGGCGAGUGUAGAGGAGAGAGAUAAAACCAACUUAUAGAGCC